AACCUGCUGCUGCAAAAUACACCAUCACGAUUACCUUCCUCUGAUGCUGCCCUGUGGACUGUUGAUGUUUUCACUCAACAGUACUGCAUAGACAUGGGCCCCAAUUUCUGCUGAAAUUGUGAUGGAAAAUAUUCAAUGUCAUCAAGACCACAUAAGGACAGAACAAGGAAAUUCUGGGAUAUAGCCUUCAAACAAGUGUCCCCGAAUGUUGAAACUAUUGAAAGGCCUUGGCUCAUAUACUCACCAUUGACUGGCUAUGUCUUCUGUUUUGUGUGCAAAUUGUUUUCUCUGAACAGCACAUCUGCACUAGCCAAGAGAGGAUUUGAUUCAUGGGAUCACAUUGGCAGACUUGGUGACCAUGAAAGUUCUACUGAGCACCGACAAGCUCUCGCCACUUAUACAAUGUGUUUAUCCAAGACUCAAACCCUUGAUAAACAUAUAGCAGGUGCAUAUAUUGAAGAACGAAAUUACUGGACAGUGUUGAAGCAAGUCGUAUCAGCAAUAACAUUUCUGACAAAACAAGGUCUGCCACUGAGAAGGACUAAUAAAACCUUUGGCUGUCUUAAUAGUAGCAACUUCCUUGGCUGCUUAGAGUUCUUAGCAGAGUACGACCCUUUCCUGGCCUGCCAGCAUUGAUUCCAUGCCAGAUGUUAGCCAUACUGAUCAACUGACAUUUACUGUAUGCUAUGUGCUGAAUAACUGUACACCUGUGGAACAGUUCUGGAAUUUUUCCAAUUACAUCCGCAUACAGGUCUUCAUCUGGUUAAUGUCAUCAAUGAAACCCUAAGUGAUGCACUAAAUAUCAAUCUAAAGGACUGCAGAGGUCACACAUACAACAAUGCUAGUAACAUGUCUGACACUUAUUCUGCUGUGCAAGCUCGGGUAAUUGCGGUCAACAAGAAAGCAGUAUACAUCCCAUGCAUGACCCACUCACUUGAUCUGUGUGGUGUUCCUGCUGCAGAGUCAUGCACUGAUGUAAUUAAAUUUUUUUGAUUUGUCCAAAAACCGUAUGUGUUUUUUCUGAGGAUCAACUUAUCGCUGGAGCCUCUAGUGAGAUUCUCUGAAUGAGGAGACAUCUGAGGCCAGUAAGAGAAAAUUUUUCCCCAAGUGCCUCAGUGACACAAGGUGGUCAGCUUGAGCGGAUGCACUUUGCAGUUUAUCAUGCAACCACAAAAGCUACAAAUCUGUGCCUCAGGCUCUUGGUGUGGACACUCUGCAGAAGAGUGACACACAAGCAGAGGCAAACCCAUUAGCUGAAACCAUGGAUCAGUUGGAGACUGCAUUUUUGACAACAGUUUGGAGUAGUAUCCUUACAAGAAUAAACAAAACAAGUCAACUUCUGCAGUCUCAAACAAUGGACUUAGGCACAGCUGUGGCACUGCUGGGGUGACUAUCUGAGUUUGUCGCAGCACAACGGAAAAUUUUUGAGGAAUACCAUGAAUUUGUGACCUCUUUAAGUUCUACAACUAACUUUCAAUUAAAGUGGUAACAUCAUCCAAAGCAUAUGGCUGAUGAUAGCAUAGGUGCUGGAACUAGGAAUGCUGGGGGUGUGGCAGCACCCACUGGUUUGAAGUGAUUUCCAUCAUAGCCAUUGAACAAAACUAUAAACCCUGUAUAUCAGCACCCCCACUAUAAAAAUUGUUCUAACACCUAUGGAUGAUAGUGAAGACCCUGCUGUUGUGCUGACUGGUGAAGAGAAGUUCAAAGUUGAAUCAUUCUCUGCCAUAGUUGACUCACUUGUCAGCCAUCUCAACAGAAGAAUUCAUGCAUGUUCAGAACUAAACAACAGUUCCUGUUUUUUAACAGGUGACCUUGACAGUCUCCUUUGUCCGACUUGUCCUCGUCCAUCCCUCCAUGAAUGCAAAUGGACACCACACCAUUCUAUUUUGUUGUGAGCACGUUCUUUCCAUUUCUGACCAAAGAGUUUUGUCAUGGGAUCAGCCCAGCGUGUUUUCAGUCUACCCAGCAAUCACUUGUGGUCUCUGGGGAUCCAGUCACUGAUGUGGGUUGUCCACCUCUUGUCUUGCUUGUGGACAACAUGACCCGCCCAGCUUUGCUUUGACCUUUUGAGUACUGCUGUUAAGGAGUCUCUCAGAAGUUUAAUUGAAUUCUAUUCAGAUGAACUCAAUUAAAAGAUCUCUGAAAAAUGGGUACAGUGAUGCUCACUUGUAAAGCAACUUGCCUCCAAGCCAUUAUCACAAGCUCUGCCUAUAUCACUGCAAAUGCUGACCAUAAUGAACAUGCAUAAUUUGCAAACAGCCUUUCCAAAUGUCUUUACUGCACUACGCAUUUAAUUGACACUACCAGUCUCAAACUGCAAUGGAGAAAGGUCUUUUUCACAUUUAAAAAGUCUAAAAAGUGCUACAGUGGUUCAAGAAAGACUUGAUAGUCUUACUCUAUAGACUUCUCCCGUUUAAUUGAAACAUUUGCUGCAGCAAAGGCAUGCUGAAAAAUCUGAAGAAAUUUUUCAUCUCUGUAAAUAGAACAAUAGCUACAUGCAAUGGUUUUGUUGAGUAAGUUAUUCACGUUAAUACUUUUUAUGUAAUAUGCAAAUUACUUAUCUGAAGCAAGACUAAUAUGAAUAAUGGCACUAAAUAAAAUGUAUUAAAGUUUUUCAUAUUUUUUAUUUUAAAACAGUUUUAUGUCUGCCCCAAUUUCAUACAAAAAUUAAUUCAAAUCUUGAUAGUUCCUAUGAGAAAUGGUGCAAUAGUGUGAAGGUUGCCUUUUAGUGGGAGCAGCACUUGGCUACUGUUUUGAUCAGCUUUAGCUUUUGUUAGCUGUUUUUACCCACUGUGUUUUAUUUUGUAUAUUUUCUUUUACUGUAUAAUUUAUUUUAUGUACACUUGUGUGUAUUCUUUUUGCCCUAGGGCUCCCAUUGCUGGUACCCUAGUGGCAGCCACCUCCACCUGCAACUUAAAUUUUUAAAUAAAACCUGUGUGCUGUGUCAGACAA